AUGGCGGAUAAAUCCAACCACUUUCAAGAAGGGUUUAGAGAAUCAUUGUCCAGAUGUAAUCAGAUAUCAGAUGAACUUUUUCUAAUGAUUUGUUAUGAUAUUAUAGAAUUUCAACAGUUAAAGAUAUCAUCAUUACGUACCAAAAAAUAUUAUGAGAAUAUUCAAGAUAUAGAAUCAUCUAAAAGUAAAGAUAUUAUUGACAAUGUAAUCAAAUCUGUAUCAGCUAUAGUCAGAUCUGCCUGUGAAAAUAAAGAAACUGGUGAAGAGUUGAAGUCAAGAUUAGACAAACUAUCUGUACUUUCAAAUGAUAAAAUUAAUCUUUUAGUACAAGCUUGGCAAAAAGAGGGGAAGCAACUCAUAUUAACAGGUUGUGUCUUUCAAGAUCUAAAUAUAGGAAAGCUUUUAGAUAUCAAAUGGAAGCUUGGAAUGGCUGUGAGUUCUAAUGAUUGUAAACAUUUAAAUACACCCUAUGUUACCAUGGCAAUAACAGUAGCUGACCAAUCAGGUACAGCCAUACAACAUUCUAUAGAGAUGACAGUACCACAAUUUAGGAAUUUUUCAAAACAACUCAAAGAAAUGUCUGUUCUGUUAGAUUCUGUUUGA